CUCUAUUUUGGCCGGCCGGUCACGAAAGGUCAGCUGGUUUUUAUAAUUUUAUAUUUUUUCAACAAGGGACUCGACGUCCUUGAAAUGACAGACCCUGAAAGAAACGCUCUUCUCGAUGACGAAAAAUCACCUUCUAACAAUUCCGGUUGCAAUGAAGACAAUGCCUGUUCGAGUUUUACUCAGUGCAGAGUUUACAAAAGGAGAUGGUACAUUCUAUUUGUCUUCACGAUGACCUCGAUCGUGUCCAACAUGAUGUGGAAUACGUGGGGACCUAUUCAGCGACCCUGUCGGCUUGUAUUUGGAUGGGAAAGAUGGACAGUUCUUCUACUGUCCUCGUUAGGAGCGAUCGGGCCUAUUUUAGGUGCUUUUCCUUCUACAUGGCUAAUGGACUCUAGAGGUGAGCCCCCUGCUUUAAAUCUUCUCCAUAUCUAUUAUUAAGCUAAAGUGCUUGAUUUCAGACUUUAGCUAUAUGCACCGGCAAUAACCUGCACCCUUCAUUGUUGUCUUACGUUUUUCUCUCUCUCUACGGGUGGAAAAAUUGCAGACUUAAACAAAUCUAGAGCUUUCAUGGUUUAUUUCAUGGUUGACAUCGGCGAUAUCAUGUGAUGCGCAUUAGUUUCGAUUUCGGUCUUUAAAUGUCCCUCAGGCUAGGGGGCUUACGUGUCUCGGAGGGUCUCCCAUAUGAAAGGGGUGGUGAUGCUCAUCAGAAUAGUAGACUGGUUGUUUAUUACCAGUGAAAGGGGGGUGCGAUUAAUUUUGCUGUUUUGCUAGGGGUGGAGGGUUAGGGUUCAUUUUUUUUUUUUUAUAAGGGUGGGAACGUUCGAGCGACUGAAGCUAUCUGUUCAAAGAUAAAUUUUAGCCGCGUUUCCUUCCAAAAAUAAUUUCGUCGUUUAAGCCAUUCAUGUCGAACGAUCUGUCAUUCUUAGGAGAGUGGCCACGUUUCUAAAGUUUGUUUACAAACGCAUCAUGAAGACCAUGAAUACUGUCUCGGAUCUCCGCUCCUUUGUAACCAUCUUCGCUUUCAUAUUAUCAUUUGAUUAUCGACAGUAUCGACAAAAAUGGUAUUUUCAUCUUUUACGCUUUUGUAGUUUAUGAGCCAGCGGAACGAAACUUUCAUUUUAAUUGGUUACAUUCCUUGUUCACUUGACUGUUUCUUUAUCACAAAGAAGUUACAAAGAGUUUUUUCCAGCACGUUGCACUUUGCGUGACAAUUUUCUAGCAAAUGAAAUUUUACCGCAAACUCAAAUAUGCAAAUUUGGUAGAACGAAAGUCGAUACUCACACUGUCUUAUCGUGCAACAAGGUCCUGAUCUCUUUGUUUAUACUUCUUCAAGUGGUGCUUUCUUCUUGAUGCAGUGAGAGAAAAGUACAGUUAUAUUUCCCACGCAUUUCAUUUGCAUGUGGCUAAGAACUUGUUCAACAAUUUCUUCAUGACUUGAGCGCAUAAGGAAUUCGCUUAUCUGUCGUAGAAUUCAACAGAAAAUACAUGAAACUCACAAAAUUUGCAUGCUAGUGAACAAAACUACUUAUUUGUUCACUUCAGAUAGCAAUAAUUCCAGGGGGUGUGUGAAAAUUUUGGAAAUUCCGGAGGGGAGGGGGGUACAUUUUGGGGGUUGAUUUUGGAAAAUCUAAAGUGGAGGGGGGUCAUACGGCAAAUCCCUUCUGUUGGGGUGGUAUGGAUAUUUUCUGGUUGUAUUUAGUAUCUUCCAUGAUAGCUCCAUGUUGUGUUUUAACUGGUGGCACAAGUAGAAGUAAAAAGUCUAUGUAACUGCAUCAAAGGGGGUUUCGUUAUCAAUUUAAUAUAAUAUUAUAUUAUUUUAACAUUAAGUAAUCAUUAACGUAUCCUCUUGUCCAGUCUGGAUUAGAGUCACUUGAAUUUUGACAUGUUGUAGCCUCCUUAGAUAAACAUUUCUUGGUCUACUUAUCUCAGUGUUUCUUUUAGUUUGCUUUUUCUUUUCUGUUUGGGAAUUCAGCUCAACGAAUUCUAUAAAUCCCCCUAAUGAUUGGAAUCUGGAAUAUAAUUUAGUACCUGGAAUCCAGAAUCUACAGUUGUGAAAUCCAGAAUCCAGUUACUUUGUCUUGGAUUACUUUAAAUGGGGGGAUUUAACCCCAAAGGCAUUCAAAUGUUAAUAAUACUCACACUGUAGUAAUAUUAGGAAUAUGUUUCUACUGCUGCCAGCUUGUCCAUUCCUUGACUUUACCCUAGUCUCCCACGCAGCCAUUUUUUGUCUCGUCAUGGCAACCCUCCUUCCCAAGAAAUCAUGAAAGGGAUUGCAUGGUUUGAAUGUGAGCAGCCAUUUGCUGGGAGAAGCAUUUUGUAAUGAGACAAAAUGGCCAUGAGGGAGGCAAACUUUACUCCUUGGCCCUUUGUUUUGGUCAUUAUUUUUAUCUUGAAAUAAAUCUUGUUUAUUUAACUUCAUUUUCGCAGGACUAAGACUUUCUGUUUUGGUGACAUCAUCAAUGUUAUUAGCAGGAAAACUUGUCCAACUGAUUCCAGUUAGUAACAUUAAAGCCAAGACAAUUUUUAUCUAUAUUGGUCAUCUGAUAACCAUGCUGCCAAGCUUCAUUGCUAAUGGUGCUCCGCCGCUUGUUUCAAACACAUGGUUUCCGCCAAAUGAGAGAACGACUGCAACAGCUAUUGGGGCCCUGGCUGCAAACUUUGGAGCUGCUCUGGCAUUUUUCAUCGGGCCAUCAAUGAUACCAAGCACAUCGGACAGCUCUGAGAAUAGUACAAAGAAUUUUUCUAAAAAAUACAUCCAUCUCUUGGAGUCAAGAAUUAUGGAUUAUUUUUAUGUACAGGUCGGAUUGGCUGCAUUUCUUUUUUUGUGCGUUGUGAUUUAUUUUCCUUCCAAACCACCACUGCCACCCAGUGUUGCUGCUUUUACAAGAAAAACUACUGAAAUUGGCUACAAGGAUGGUCUGAAGAUGUUAAUAUACAACAAAUCCUAUUGGUUACUUGUGUUAGUUUUUGCUUCAUCCUUUGGUAUUUACUUUGGAUGGACAUCAGUGCUGGAUCUUGCAGUUCAGCUAUUCAAUAUAAGUGAAAAGAGUUCAGGAUGGCUUGGAACUUGCUCUAGCUUGGCUGGAAUAGUAUCAGGUGUGAUUAUUGCAAGGUAAUAAAUUGAAUUUCCAUGUCUUUUUAUGCAUCCUCAGAAAACCAUACACGCACAUUGAAAACUCAUAUUAUGGUUUGUCACCCGUAAUUACCCCUGACUAUAAUUAUAAGAAGUACUGAUAUUAUAAAUAGAGAAUGUGCAGAUAAAUUUUAGAUUCUUGUCAUUAAUAGUUUGAAAGCUUAAAGGUCACAGUUUAAAAACUGUAGUGCAGACUGAUUAUUUUAUGGUAAGUGUCAAACACUAUUUAAUAGUUCUUUUUGGGUUUGGGUGUUUAUGAUCCAUGAAUUUAUUAAGAAGGCUGUGGCAGGGGAAAGACAGUGGAAUAGAUGAGUAUCUCCUCUUGCCCUCCUAACCCUCCCCUCCCUCUUUGGCCCUUUUGCAUUGUUCCCACACAGGACACACAUGAAAAGAGAGUAAGCACCUGCUUGGGUGGCAUGCAACAAGAGAGGACGCCCCAGGAUGAAUUUGCACCAUACAGUGGAUAGCUGGGAAUUGUAGCUCAUUGACAAAGCCUGGAAUGAUUCCAUCAGGCUUGGUGUCAACCAUGACUGCUGGAGUGCUUUGCAUGUAUCAGAAAAUCCCUGCGGAGGGAGGGGGGGGGGGAAGGGGGAGGUACUCCCCUGAAUUUAGUAUGGGGUUUACAUGCGGAUUUUCUGAGACUCGGGAGCAUGCUGGAAUUGGAACGGAUGAAUAUUGGAACAGAUGAAUAUUGCAACCUGGUUGCAGACAAACAUUUUCCCCCCAACAAGAAAAAAAGAAAAAGAGGGACGGCCCGGGUUGGGUGGCAAGGAAAAAGAGAGGACCGCCCAGGUGAAAUUUGCCCCAAAAAGUGGGUGGGUGGGAAUUGUAGCUAAUUAAAAAAGCCUGGAAUGAUUCCAUCGGGGUUGGGGUUAACCAUGCCGGCGGGGGGGGUUUGCAUGGAUCAAAAAAUCCCGGGGGGGGGGGGGGGGGGGGGAAGGGGGAGGUACUCCCAUGAAUUUACUAUGAGGUUUACAUGCUGAUUUUCUGAGACUCUGGAGCAUGCUGGAAUUGGAACAGAUGAAUAUUGGAACAGAUGAAUAUUGCAACCUGGUUGCAGACAAUAAUUUUAAUAAUUUGAAUCCUAUUCCUGCCGCUGGCUCAGUUACAAAGUGACAAUGGGAAAGUAGUUUUGCACCUAAACUUGAUUGUGAAUAAUCAUAAUAAUGGCGAAAAAAAUCAACUAUGUUCCAGGGAGAAAAUAAUCAAUCAUUUGUGAGUUAGGAUGAAUAUGAUAUGAAGAAUUAUGCAGGUCGAGGAUAAUGCCGGAAGGGGGGUGGGGGGUACUCCCCAAAGUUUUACUUAGGGAGGCUGCACCCUUAGAUCCACCCCCUUACCCUUGUAUAUAUUAUUUUUAACAGAAAAGGUAUCCCUUUCAUAUACCUUCAACUGACUAAUCAACUUAUACUCUGCCCCUUUCCCAUACCUAGCUAGAUUAGAACACUAUAUCCCCUUUCACUGCUUUAAAUAAUUCUUCUUUUUGAUUUGAAUGAAUCACUGCCAGAAAGUUUUCUUGUCUCUUUCGCAUCCAUAAAAUGCGUCUGUCAGUAAUUUUUGGUCCUUUUACGUACAGACAGAAAUGAGAGAUUUCCCUACGCUUUCAUAUACCUCAACUAAUGAAAUCGAUCGCUACCCUUUCAUAUACCUGAAGCCUAAAAAAGGUACAAUGUAACCCUUUCGGGUGGACCCUCUCCACCUAUACCAUUGUAAGGAGUAUCCCCAUCCCCCAGAGCAAAUGUUAUCGGCCGAGGUGGAUACCAGCUUCCGAGAUCAGCGUAAUUCUUCACAUCAUAUGAAAGCCUAAUGCAAUAAUUGUUUAAAUAUGUGUAAGUUCUGAACAACCUUACUUCCUCGUAGGCUUUCUUUCUUGAUUUUUGGUACCCUUUUUCAGACAGAGAGGCAAAAGCUAUCAGUGAUGAGUAACCAAUUAUGGGAGUACCCCUGGGUCAAAAUCAAACUGUCAGUUAAAACACACAUGUUAUUCUACAGUCCUUACUGAUAUAUCUUAAGGAAGAGAAAUACAGUCAUGGGAAGCUAAUUUCAAAGAUAAUGCAUUAUUAUAAGAAACUCAGAAGGUUUGAUGAAAUUAACGUGAAUUUCAAACUUUCGUGUUAAUUUAAGUCGCGUUAAUUUCGGUAAAUGUUAAUUUCCGCGAGCUUAAUUUCCAUUAUUUUGGCCAGAAAUUCUCGAUACACUUGACCCCGUUAAGAAAGAGGAGUAUUUUGUCAGGGUGGAGAUCCGCUAGUAUCAGUACCAUUGUGAAGAACCCUCGAAGUGGCCAGAUUUCUGCGCUUGACUCCCUUCAUACGUUUACGAAAAGUGGUCACGAGCAAAGUUUCCAUACGUGUAACUUUGUUCCUGUAUAUUGUCUCAGCAAGUUUUGUUUCUUUGUGAACGUCGCGUUAAUUUCCUUCAUUUUGAAGUGAUAUCCUCUCUUUCGCCUCAAUUUCCUUUUCUACGAAAUUCGCGUUAAUUCAAGUCGCGUUAACUUGAAUUUGCAACACCUCAAUUUCAUGGAGCGUUAAUUUUCUAUAACAAGGUUAAUAAUAUUAAUGAUAUUAUUAUUAUAUCUGUUUACAGAUCUGCAGACAUCGUGAAACGCUGGACCAAAACUAUCUUGGUGGCCCUCUACGUGGGCACUGUACUAUUUCAACUUAUUUUCACAUUAACUUGCUCAAAAAUCUUACCAUUCUCACAAGGACUGCUGUUCACGUCCAUUAUCUGUAGUGGUUUGCUGUUCAACGGAACCAUCCCAUUAGUGUUCGAAUUGAUUAUGGAGUGUGUAUUCCCUGUUGGUGAGGGCACUUCUGUUGGGGUGGGAUUAGUUCUGGGAAAUGCUGUGAUCCUUUUGUUUGAUGUGACUUUCAUGUUUCCGAUAACUGAUGUUCGUUGGAUGAACUGGGUCUGUGUCGGAGGUGUUACUGCUUGUAUUCCUUUGUUACUUCUGUAUAAGGCACAGUAUCGUCGACUUGCCGUUGAUGUAGAAUAA